AUGUCUGGGCAGGAAAGCCAAAAGAAGAUGACCUAUGUCCGUUUGGGCAACUCUGGUCUCAAGGUGUCGCGGAUCAUCCUUGGUCUCAUGACCUACGGUAGCAAAGACUGGGCCGAAUGGGUUCUAGAGGAAGAGGAAGCAAUUAAACAUAUUAAAAAAGCUUACGAAUUGGGUAUUCAAACCUUUGAUACUGCCAAUGUUUAUUCCAAUGGAGAGUCCGAGCGAAUUUUUGGGAAGGCCAUCAAAGAGCUCAAUCUUCCUCGGGAUGAGAUAGUCGUCAUGACUAAACUCUAUGCCACUGUUGGACGCACUCCCAAGGACAAGUUUGCGGACAGAUCGCAAGCCGAAGCCAACGGAUAUGUCAACCAGUCGGGUCUAAGUCGCAAACACAUUUUUGAGGCGGUCAAGCACUCUCUUGAACGACUCCAACUUGAUUAUGUUGACGUCUUACAAUGCCAUCGUUUCGAUUACGACACCCCCAUCGCAGAGACUAUGCAAGCUCUUCAUGAUGUGGUGCAAGCGGGCUAUGCUCGCUAUAUUGGAAUGUCAAGUUGCCACGCCUACCAGUUCCACGCGAUGCAAAACUAUGCAAUCAACAACAAAUUGACGCCGUUCAUCUCAAUGCAGAACCAUCAUAGUCUACUUUAUCGGGAAGAGGAACGAGAGAUGAUUCCAACUUUGAAGAUGUUUGGCGUUGGGAUGAUACCCUGGUCCCCACUUGCCAGGGGUCAAUUAGGUCGUCCAGUUUCUCAAUCUGAGGCAACGGACAGGUCCCAGAAGGAUGCAUGGGGGAAAUACCUCGAUAAAACCAAGGAGGCAAACAAUAAGAUUAUAUCUCGCGUUGAAGAAGUCGCCAAAUCCAAGGGUAUCAGUAUGGCUCAGGUCGCAAUCGCCUGGAGUUUGUCAAAGGACGGGAUGACCGCGCCAAUUAUCGGCACCACCAACUUGCAGAAUCUAGAGGAUAUCGUUGGUAGUAUCCAUGUCAAGCUUACGGAAGAAGAAAUCAAGCAAUUAGAGGAACUGUAUAUACCUCAGGCUAUCGUGGGACACACAUAA